AUAGAAACAAUACAUAGGAUUAAAAUCAAACGAUUAUUAGAUUUUACUUGCAGCACUAGGCUUACACGUGAAAAACAAAGUUCAUAAAAGUUUGCCUACAGUAUCGUAAAAGCAGCUAUUCGUUUCUUGGUGGAUUAUCAGGAGCCUAUUUUCGACUCCAGGCACGAAAGUAAGGAACAUGCGAGUUGAAAGGAAGCAGACACGGAAGAUGAAGGGCGUCGCCGCAUAGGCUAUAUCCAAAUGCUCAGUCGAUAAGGUUCCCCCACCAAACGUUGUGGCUUCUACGUCCAUGGUUCUUUUGGAUAGACAAGAAAUAAGGAAGACAGAUUAGGAAGGCCGUGGACCCGCACAAACACAAACUGACUUUGAAUACCUUCGUCAGUUUUAGUACGGCACAGACGAAAUAUGGCGUUUUCAAUCCGACAGCUGAUAGGUUUGGCCUUUAGGCAACUGAGGAAAGUUGCACUGCGGACAACAAGAAGAAAAGUGAACAAAUGGGUUUUCCUGUUCUCCUUUUCCUGUCUUGUUUUCAUAUUCAUGUUUCUCAUUGAUGGAAAACCUAUGCUUAAAGUGACUGACAAAAUUCAAAGUUCGUGGAAAUGUGGCUGCCCGAAAAAUUUUCUUCCUGAAGAACAGACCUGGAAAUAUGGCAGUUGUUUACCGCAUCAAGCGAGCAACGAAUCGUGUGAAAAUGCGAGGAUGUUGUACAAACUGGAUCCAGCGUUAACCAAGUGCAAAGCGUUGUCCAGCAAGAGAGUGUGCGAGUUGAAAAGUCUACUAAAGGGUCCAAAAGAUCACGUCAACUUUAGAGUCAGUUGUGAUAAUUCGAUUUGCAUGGAACAAAACGAAAAUGAAACCAUCCAAGUGUUGAACAUGAAUCCCAGUAAUGGUCAGAUAACAGAAGCUGGAAGAUAUCUAAACAUUACUGACUUGGAAGCAGCACUAAUGGUUAUCAUCAGAGAAAAUAUCAAGCAGAAAUUUCACUUCGUUGUCCUUCGAUGCACUUCAAAAGAUACCAAAACAGGAAUAUCCCAGAUCAUUCAAAUAGACCCACAAUUAACCAUGAAGGAAAAUGCCUCCAAGACUCGAGAUCAAAAUCUCUUGAAUGUCAAUAUUGUUCUAAUUGACUCAGUAUCGAGGGCCCACUUCUAUCGAUCGCUACCCAAGACUAUCGAGCUGUUCAAACGAUGGCGAAAUGAAUCCCAUUUAGCUCCUGCCAUGAUAUUUGACUUUGAACUAUUUCAAGCUGUUCAUGGUCAUACUACGGAGAAUACUCAUGCGUUAUUCAAUGGUAGACUACUUGAUCUUAACAGGUCUGCUUCCAGCCAAUCAGUCAACCCGGGUUUCAUGUUUGGAGCAUUUCACAGAGCGGGUUACCAGACUAUGUGGCAAGAAGACUUAUGUUGGAAAGGAAUCUGGGGUCUGAUGUUGGAUUUACUAGCAGGAAGCUGGGCAAAUCUUGCUAAAAGACUGCAAGAACAUUUUAUUGAUCACUCAGGACUGACUCACGCGGGAUGUGAAAUUCUUGAAUAUGUGUAUGGAAUCAAUACACCAUUUAUGGGACCACCAGGUGACCAGAUUUGCUACGAUGGUCGUUUUCACCAUUCCUAUUUACUGCAGUACACAUUGGACACCAUUAAAGUCAUCACAUCAACCCCUACUGCAUUACCAUUACUGUCUUACAUGAGUCUAAGUGUAGGACAUGACCACAUUGGACGUAGAAUCCAGUCACUAGACCCUGCUCUUGUUCAAUUUGUCACUCAACUGUCUAUGAGUGAAGACACUUUGACGGUAAUCUUAUCAGAUCACGGCAAUACUUACACUAGCUAUACUUCAACCUUAGAGGGGCGAUUUGAAAUGUUUCAUCCUCAUCUUUUUCUCAUCGUCCCAAAUAAAGUAGCUCAACGUUUGGGUGACGAGGCUCUGGAUGCUCUUCGAAUCAACCAGCAUCGAUUGGUCAACAUCAUAGACUURCAUCAUUCAAUAAUGGCUUUGACUAAACCUCUUCAUGGACCYGUUACUCCGACUGGUCUGUUUACCCCCAUAUCAGCACAGCGCACUUGUCAGGACAUUGAACUUCGAUUGCCUAACCUGUGUGUGUGUGAAGGAUGGGAUAAUCCUACCUCCAACGAUGAUAUGAAAAUGAUAUUAGUUGAGUUCGCGUUAGGAUACUUAAAUAACCAAAUAGAGACAAAGCUUAUUAAACAGACUAAAGAGAACUCGACCUUGCAACUUUACCGGACUCGAUCGUGUAAUCGACUUAGAGCAACUCUCUUCAAGGAAGUGCGCGAGAGACGUGUCGCGUCUCGUGGGAUAUUAAUCACAUCCAUUAUGAUCUACGUGCCUGCUGGUAGUGGUAGUGGUGAAGACGCAUUCAAUGUGAUGGUUGAGUCACGUGACGUUACAGCGCAACGCUCAUUGGACCUCAAAUUUCUUCAAUACGACCGUAUGUCGAUGUAUGGCCAGUACAAAGCUUGUGCAGAUCGAAACAUCUUGAAACUUUGUAUGUGUUCAAUACAAUCUCAACACAAACAGCAAUCUUUAAAUAUUACGAGAUUACUUGCUCCUCCUCAUCCAAAGUACUUUGGACAAGAAAGUGUAUCGAAAAUUAGUCGAUCAGAGUGCAUUUUCGUAAUUACUAGAACACAUAAAUCUAAUAUAAGCUUUGCUUAUGAAAUGGCAAAUGUUUGCAAAUACCGAAGCUUUUUUGUAUCAGUGGACGUACAAUCUACAGGCAUGAAACUCACCCGUGCUUGUCCGUUUAAUGUGACUCUACUCCCAGACAAUAUCAAGUUUGUUUUAGCUGCAAGAAAAGAAAAACUGCUCCAAAAAAGCUCUAUAAGAUUCAGAGCUCAAAUAAUCAAAAAAUUGAAUUAACUUGGAAAAUGGUUUUCGUUACAUAGUGACAUUUUAAAUAAAAACUAUUGUUUUUUAUAGUCCCUCUCUCAGUUCCCUGCGCCAUCUUGGAAGGUAGCCGUGCCUUUGCAUCGCAGCGAGACGAACGGUGAGCUUGCAAUAAUGAUAGAGACAUGUGACUAAUUGUCCAAGGUGUUAAAAAAGGUCUCUAUCAUUGCAAGCUUACCGUUCGUCUGGCUUUGAUGCAAAAGCAUGGCUACCUUUCAAGAUGGCGCAGGGAACUGUGUAACGGACUAUUGUUCAUAAAUAAACAAUGGUCGAGCUAUAUCGUAUACUCUAAUUUCCAUCUAAAAAUGUACUUCUGUUAUGAGAGAGAAAAUUAAUGUUUUUACAGACUAAGCUAGA